AUGGCAUACCCUGCAGCUGCUCCAGCAUCUCCCUCGGCAGCUGCUGGGCCUUCGACAGCUCGUUACACCGACACCCCACCUCCAGGCCAAUUUCCACUUUCCAAGCGAGAUAAGCGACGCAAUGCCCUCCAAGACAGAGUGAACGAGCUGAAGGAGGCCUUCGGGAAUAACAGAGACUAUCAUUUCCGGCAGCGAGUGCAUGAGCUUCAGAAUGAGAUGGCGUUGAUCUCAAACGCACAGGUCUAUGAGGACUGGCCCAUCAGUGACUCCCCCGAAGAUGUUGCAAAGCAAUUGACACAGUUAGCUGCCAGUGGGCAGAUAACUUCAGACACCCCAAUCUCCGGGAGAUGGUAUUCGAACUUCGUUCAGGAGAUAAAUCGAAGCAAGGAGGAGAGAGAUGCAGAAUUGGCUGUUAUGAUGAACCGACACCGUGACUCUUUGAACCGCAUCAAACAAGAACGGGAUUUCCGGAUCCAGCUCGCUGCCGAAGAGUACAAGCGGCUCACAGAGACCAUCCGUGAACGACUUGUCCAAUCAGUCUCCCACCGAAAAAAUCGGCUUAUGCGAGAGAAAGAACAGCUGGAUGUUGCUGACACCAACGCGUUGCUUCUCCACCCUAAUCAGUUCAGCAUAGCCAACCCCGGCAGUCCUGGUGGGAUCCAGGGCAAUCGAAAAACAAGACACACGCGACAUAGACUUGACGCCGACGACAUCGGAAGCGGCAUCAUGAGCGAACCAAUCAAUAAACGCAAGCGCAAGGCGAUAGACGAAGAGUUCAGCGCGUCUCCAAACCAUGAUGGCCUGUCGACCCCCGCAGACCGAGCCAAGUCGAGAAUGUCCCAGCAGCAGAAUGCCCCGGCGUACAAUAUCCUAUCUUUGUUCACCGAGAAAGAAUUGGCCAUGCACAGCAAUGCCGCCCACGUCGCUGCGGUCCACUUCCUUUCUGCUUCCAAGCGUGCCAAACAAGCGAACCAGAACGCAAACGGACAGUCUGUAGACAAGGACGAGGCAUCUGGUUCCGGCGAUGCAAGCAGCCAGGAAGACGCUACGCCUGGAGCAGCCGAUAUGGAGCGCUCGGCCAGCCAGAACGUCCACGCAACUCGUUCCACCCGCACUAAUGGCACAGGUGCCUUGAACCUUCUCGGAGAAUUAACGGAAAAGAACUCUACUCGCACAAAUCUUCCCUACUACAUCCUGGGUAGCUAUCACCAGCGACCAAAUGGGUCAUCAAGCGCGCCAACUCCGCCCGCUCUGAUGCCGGAGGAGAUUGAAGACGACCUUGCUCGUAUCGAACGACUGAGGAACACAAAGCCACCGGGGUGGAUAGAUACUCGUUUGGUCAAUAGCCUAUUGACCACUCUCAUGGGCUCGGAUGACGAGCAGCCUCCCGCUCGCAACAACAACAAUCCCCCGAAGGUUGGCUCUUUGCACCCCGAUUUCCCUCCAACCAUGGACGUUCAUCUAGUCCGGGCAAAUCCUCGGAAAUCGUGA